UAAAUUACCUACUGAUAGUAACACAGACACAGCACAGACGACACAAACGAAGUAGUUUCCCAAUUCUUUAAGUACAGAGUGCGCUAGCCAAUGAUUUUUUUACCAUGGUAUUUCAGAUCAUGAGACAGAGUUCCACAAGAUGCAAAGUCUUUUCACAUAUCUCGUCUGUGAUGUGCAACUGCAGCAAUGUAUUUAGAUACAAUAGUACAAUAGAUAGAAUGUUGAAAAAUAUGAAAUAGAGCAACUUGUAAACUUUAUGAUGUGUAAAAUAAUUUUAUAAAAUGAUGGAAGAUAUUAAUGAUAAGUUUUUCUACGUGUACAGUUCUUCAUUAGACACGAAGAUACAAAUUAAAAUAGGAACCUUAGAAGGUAAAAGACAACGACCAGAAUAUGAUAAAUUACUUAUUGAUCCUAUGUUAAAAUACUCUGGUCUAUAUGGAUCCAAUGGAGGACGAGGGGAUUUGGGAGCUUCCUUACAAGUGUGGGCUGGUGGUAGACCAUUGGCCUUACCUGUUCACACAGCAUAUAAACAUUUCACAUCACGUUGGAAUUGGAAUCAAUGGGUAACACUUCCUAUUUCUUAUUUUGAUCUACCACGGGAUGCUCAAUUAUGUAUAAGUUUAUAUGAUUGUGCUGGACCUGGUAGACAAUUACCAGUUGGUGGUACAACAAUAUCUUUGUUCGGGAAACAUGGAGUGUUUCGUCAAGGAAUGUUGGAUCUUAGAGUGUGGCCUGGAGUAGAAGCAGAUGGUAGUGUACUAUCUAGCACACCAGGGAAAACUAAAGAUCAUGGAAAGGAACAAAUGCAAAGAUUAGCAAAACUUGUUAAAAAGCACAGGAAUGGUCAAAUGAAUAAAGUUGACUGGCUAGACAGAUUAACAUUUAGAGAAAUUGAGUUAAUUAACGAAAGAGAGAAAAGAGCAUCUGAAUAUUUGUACUUAAUGAUUGAAUUUCCAGAAGUUACUAUGGAUGGAAUACCGGAAAAUCUUGUAGAAAUAAAACAUCACAAAUUAGCUCGAAGUUUACGAAGCGGUGGUCAUACUCGAGAAUUAAAACCAACUUCAAAUGUUCGUGAUGCUUUAAACAUAAUAAUAAGUUAUCCACCAACAACGGCUCUUUCUACAGAAGAACAAGAUCUUAUUUGGAAAUAUAGAUUUUAUUUAUCAAAUCAAAAAAAAGCUUUAACGAAAUUCGUGAAAUGUGUAAAUUGGAAAGUUGCUGGAGAAGAACGACAAGCGUUAGAAAUGUUAGCAUUGUGGGCACCACCUGAUCCUGAAGAUGCAUUAGAAUUACUUGGUCCAGCAUUUACACAUCCAGCUGUUAGAAGAUAUGCUAUUACUAGACUUAAUCAAGCGCCUGAUGAUGAUUUAAUGUUGUACUUAUUACAAUUAGUACAAGCUUUAAAAUAUGAAGACUUUGAAAAUAUCAAAAGGGCAAAUCAAGCAUUAAUAAAAGAAAAGGAAUCUGAGAAAGUUGAGAAAUUAGACCGAGAUGUACAAAUUAACGAUUCUUCAUCUGCAGCUGUAACAACGGAUUUACAGUCUAGCGAAUCUGAAAAUGUACAUUUCUCAAGAAAUCAAGAUUCUCUUAUGGAUUUAGCAUCUUUUUUGAUUACUCGUGCAUGCCAAAAUACUACAUUGGCUAAUUAUUUUUAUUGGUACCUCUCUAUUGAAUGUGAGGAUCAAAGUGAUCCAUCCAUAAGUGCAAAACAAGAUACUCGUGUCAAAGAAAUGUAUAAUACUGUAAUGUCAAUGUUUUCAAUGACACUGGCACAAGGAAAUACUGUUUGGCAAAAAAGAAGAGCAUUUCUUUUACGUCAAAAAGUAUUUAUUGAUCAAUUAGUCGCAUUGGUCAAAGCAGUUGCACGAGAAAGCGGAAAUCGUAAAAAGAAAACUGAUCGACUCAGAAUGUUAUUGACAGAUCCGGACCCAGCGUUUAAGAUCAAUUUUUCUAAUUUUGAACCAAUACCUUUUCCUUUGGAUCCAGAAAUUUGUAUCAAAGGAAUUAUACCCGGAAAAGCCAGUCUUUUUAAAUCAGCUCUUAUGCCUUCUAAAUUAACAUUUUUAACAACGGAUAACAGCGAAUACAUUGCGAUUUUUAAAAAUGGUGAUGAUCUUAGACAAGAUCAGCUAAUUUUACAAACAAUUGCACUUAUGGACAAGUUAUUAAGAAGAGAAAACUUGGAUUUGAAACUCACUCCUUAUAGAGUACUUGCAACAAGUACUAGACAUGGUUUUUUACAAUUUAUUGAAUCUACAACAGUUGCAGAAGUUUUAGCUAGUGAAGGUUCCAUUUUAAGUUUUUUCCGGAAACAUCACCCAUCCGAAAAUGGCCCUUACGGUGUUGUACCUGAAGUUAUGGAUACUUAUGUUCGAAGUUGUGGCAAACUUUUUCAUAUAGAUUUCGGUUAUAUCUUGGGCAGAGAUCCGAAGCCUUUACCUCCACCAAUGAAAUUAAGCAAAGAAAUGGUUGAAGCUAUGGGAGGAGUGGGUUCAGAACAUUAUCACGAAUUUCGAAAACAGUGUUAUACUGCAUUUCUACAUUUGCGCAGACAUGCUAAUUUAAUUUUAAAUUUGUUUUCGUUAAUGGUUGACGCUAGUGUACCAGAUAUUGCAUUGGAACCAGAUAAAGCUGUUAAAAAGGUUCAAGAUAAGCUACGAUUAGAUUUAAGUGACGAAGAAGCAGUACAUUAUGUACAUAAUCUUUUGGACUUAUCAAUAACGGCUGUAAUGGCAGUAUUAGUGGAACAAUUACACAAAUUUGCACAAUACUGGCGAAAAUAAAACCGAAUCAAUUAAGAUAAUGAUUGUAAAGACUGUGUUCCUUUAACUAUUACAAAUAUUACUAUAUUGUAUAUAAAUGGCCAUACAUCUAUAAAUGUAACAUAAUUUAUUGUAUUUUGGGAUUACUUUAGGUAAUAAAUCUUUGAUAAUAAUAACAAAUAAUACUUUUUAUACGUUUGUAAAUUGCAUACAAAAAUUUUUAAUAAUUAACAUGUCAUGCGAUCACAAUAAUAAAAAAAUUGUUUACUCUAUAUGUUACGUAUGUAAAAAUUACAUGUAUAAAUUAUACAUGUCAACGAUAAUUUUUAACAAUUUCCGUAAAAUACAAUUUAGAGUAUAAUAAAAAUAUUACUUGCUAAUUUCUUUAUGAAGAUAUAUUAAACAAAAGAGUAAAUAUAUUUUUUUACAGGCAAAAAUUUAUUGUAAUGGGAUAAUUUUAAAUAAUAAAACAACAAAAACAUUUAUUGCAUAUAUAAUUUGUUACGUAAAUAUUCAUGUAUUUAUUUUAUCUCUUAGUUACAAUCGUGUAUGUGGUGCACACUGUAGAAAUAAAAAGAUAAUAUUGUUAGUGAUGAAAAUAUCAAAUUGUUAUCCAUAUAAGAACGCAUUAACGCUAUUUUAAUCACUGUCAUUUUAUGUCACUUAAAUUUGAUUACUUCAAUGAAGCAAUAUAUGCCAACUUACGAUUGUACCAAAAAAUCUCAAUAGAAAAUGUAAUUAUAUUUUCCCCAUUUUACAGAAUUAUAUUUUACUUUUAGGUACAGAAAUUUUUAUUAUAUUUCUUUGAGUGGAAAAUAUAUGUACAUAUAUAUUUAUGUAUAUAUUGAUUCAAUUCAAAAAGCAAUUAAAGAAUAUUAACAUUUCAGUCCUUGAAAACUGAUCUGGCUAAAUUUUUUUUCCUUCAAGUCCAAUGUAUGAUAAUUAAUAACUUCUUUCCCGUAAUAGUAACAUAAUAUAUACAUGCGUGAUCACGAUUGAAAACGCCGCGAAAAAUAAAAACAAAUUUCUUUUUGAUAACAUGAGUUUAUAAAGAAUAUAAUAUAACCAUUUUUAUAUUAGAAUAAGUUGGAAAAUCUGUCUCGUUUGAGAUUUGCUUUACUCUUUAAAAAGAAUUAUUUAUUUUAAAUUACACAAGGAAAACCAUUAAAAUAUUAUAUGUAUGUAAAAAUCUAUUUAUUUAUAAAAUUAUUGCAAAUAUUUUACAGAAAUAAAAUGAUUUUGUUUACAAUAAAUGGAUUAUUUCUAUCAAUUAUAUGAAUAUUUAUUUUAAAAUUACCCCCUGUAAAUAUUAAUAACUCAUAUCAAACAUGACAGAUCUUCUAUUAAAUUUUUUUAUGCUUUACAUUUCAUCAGCACACGGAUUAUACAUUAUAAUUGAAAUAAUAGGCUUUUUUUAUUUCUCAUAAAUGUAAACUAUUACCUACAAAUAAACAAUGUAUAUGUAAUAAUUCAAUCCUUGAGUCUUUCAAUUAUCUACACUUCUGAUUAUACAUAAAGACUUCUCUGUCAGCAGGUAAGUUCAUAAAUGGUGAGAAAGAAUAGUGAAAAACUUAUCUGAAAAAUUAAGUCUUUAAACAAUAAUCCAAGAAACUAUUUACUUGAAUUUUACAAAUAUCUUAAGAUGUACAUUACUGAUAUUUAUUGAAGAUAUAUUGUGCAUUUAUUUUUUAUUCACUCAUUAGGACUUGCCAUUAUGGAGUAGUAGUUUCACUGAAUUUUUUUCACUACUUUCUUUCUUAUUUGAUUUUGACUAUCUUCCAUAAGAAUCCAUGAUAAUGUACAAAUAUUUUACAAUCGUUUUAUGUUUGUCCAAGUAGUGUAACUAUUAAAUUUCGCUUGCAAUAAUUAACAGUUGUUACUACUACUCCAAUGACAUUUUACAAAAUUUUACAAUAUACACAUUACAUGUACAUUGUAUUCAAAAACGUAUAGAUAAUUUAUUAUAUAAUAAAGUAUUGUGUUCAGUUAAAAGAAAGGAAAAAGAAGAUAAUCAUUAUAAAUGAUUAUCUAAUUUAAUAGAUUGAAAUUUUUACAUUAUUUCAAUGUAUUAAAUGAGAUGAAUAUAUAACAUAAUAUUUUUGCAAUGAAAUCAUAGUUUUCUUCUGUAAUUACACUGCUCACGUAGCAAAUUCUAUGUACGGAUUAUAUCCGCAAUUAAGAAUAUGUGUAUAUAUAUAUGUACAUAUA